CUUCCUAAACACGCAGAGCUUAUUACCUAAGCCUUGCCUUGCUACCUGCGUUUAAAAAAAUAAAGCAGUGACUGCAGUGUGAUCUGCAUUCUGGAAAAGCUGUAUUCUAAAUCACUUCUAAAAGCUCUGAAGAAAAUUAAUGCUAAUCUGAAAUACUGAACAGUUCUAAAAUAAAACAGAUAUAACAAAAUAGCUUUGAUUGUUGUGUGUCCAAAGUCAAAAGUGCUUGAAGAGAAGCACUGUCUUAGAAAGCUGGCUUUUGCUGUGCUCAUAAACUUGUUUCAUAACGUAUUUAAAUGGAACACAUGUGAUAAAGGAGUGAUGAACAAGCAGAUAAAAAUUGAGUGUAUCCUAGUAAUUCCUAAUAUCCUUUGAAAACCCGUGUCAGAUCUGCUAACAAAACCAGUAAUCUAUCUUGUGAAGUCCCAUUAAAUGUGAGUUUAUUCAGUAUAUAGAAAAGGACCCAGAGAUGGGAGCAGCUUAUUGCAACCUUACCGCAGUUGUAGCGAUCCCACCACUCAAUGCACGAGUAUGUCAUCAAGUCUGAUUUAAUUUUGGCCUUGGGUGCAAUUCCUGAAUUCUUUUAGAAACGCAGGAGUGAUUUGGUUGCAUCCAGUAUAGUUAUUCAUUGUCCCUGUAUCAGAGUUUAACACAUCAAUUUAAAAAACAUAGAGGAGGAGAGAGUGAAGUUGGUAGUAGAAUCUGAGAUGGUCUUUGAGCUUGCAAUUCAAGUAGUCCUACACAUUUUUCUGUAGCAGGCACAGAUUAACAACAUGGGGGUUGAGGGGUGGGAGAAGAACAUUAAUGGUCCCCAGGAAUGUGUCUCCCAUCCCCAGAUCACAGGGAUAGAAUUGUUUCCUUGUCCUUCUCCACUUCCUCACCUAGCCAGGGUAUGAUUUAGAGAAGAAAUGACACUUCAAAAUUCCUAAGAACAAAAAAUUAUCAGAACAAAAAAUCUUAGUCAUGGAGUAUACAGCAAGCUUGAAUGUGUUGUCUGCGCAUGCAAGUUACACUGCUUUAACAAUUCUGUUUCAAUAAAGUAGGAAUGUUUCCACAGGAGGAAAUAAUGUUUAUUCUGAUGUACCUUUUUUUUUGUAUGGUUUGGUAUAAGCUUGAUACCAGGUCAAUUGUCUAUUUACUAUUAAAAUGCUAUUUCACAAAGGGGGAAAACAUUCCACAAAUACCAGCUGUCAUCAUAUUUGUCCAAUAACCUUGAACAGGCAGCCCGGUGAAGCCAUCAGUGGGGGGAACACGCCCUUGGAGGGGCAACUGGUGUUCUUGAACACCGUGUGCAGCAGCCUGGGCUCGAACUUGGAAUGCUGCCACAGGUGGUAAAGUCAUAACAGUGGGCAAAAAGUCUCCAAGUGACCCAAUGCAGACUUUGCUUAAGAAUCAUUAACCAAAUCCCUGUUUCUUUUCAUGGGAGCUUCAGCUACAGCCAUGUGACCAAACGUAACGCAAGAUCAGUACCUAUCAGAGCAAACAUAUGGCAAAGUCUGUCCGUGUUAGUGCUUAUCUCAAAGAGUGCAAGGGGGCUGCGACAUUUCAAGCAAAGCCUAUUGGUGAGGGAGUUUCUAUGUGAGGUUUCUUAAAGAAGUGCUUCCUUUUUAAUCUUGGUCUUGCGUGGGAAAGUACACUGAACGUUUUCCUCUAAGAGACCAAAAGUUUCGCAUAGCUCUCCUACCCCUCUAUGGAAGGAGAAGAAAUGCUGAUCCAACGUUCUGCUAUGGCUGUGAACUCUGCGUUUACUUGUACUUUGGAAAGUUAGUUUGCUAUUUUCUGAGAUGAAUUUCUCAGAAAAGUAUGAUUUUGAAGAUAACUUCAAUAGAAGUGUUGCUGCUGCCCAUGGAAGGGUUCCUUCUGGAAUCUUGUCUCAGACUAUGAACUACGUAGGACAACUUGCGGGACAAGUCCUGGUUACUGUGAAGGAACUGUACAAAGGCAUUAAUCAGGCUACCCUUUCAGGAUGCAUUGAUGUCAUUGUCGUCCGGCAGCAGGAUGGCACAUACCAGUGCUCUCCUUUUCAUGUCCGCUUUGGGAAGCUUGGUGUCUUGCGCUCUAAAGAAAAAGUGAUCGAUAUAGAAAUUAAUGGUGAUGCUGUUGAUCUUCAUAUGAAACUGGGUGACAAUGGAGAAGCUUUCUUUGUACAAGAAACUGAGGAGGAAAAUGAAAAAGUUCCUGCAUAUUUGGCAACAUCUCCAAUACCCACUGAAGACCAGUUUUUUAAAGACAGUGACAAUCAUUUGAAAUCAGGUGAAAAUGAGAGGACAUGUGCGAACUCAGAAAUUCCACACUCUGUGGAACCAGAGACUGUAUUCACCCCAGGUUCUGUGAAAAAGAAAAAAAGAAGAAGAAAGAAAUACAAGCAAGAUACCAGGAAGGAAGAUCAAAUGUCUUCUACUGGGACAGAAGAGAUUUUUGAAAUGGAAAUAAGCUCAGAUGAUGAGAAAAGUGUUCAACCCCUAAGAGGAUCCUCAAAUUCAUCACCAAAAGGCGAAGAACAAAAGGAAUCUUUGAUUUAUCACUCAAAGGAUCAUUACCCCUUAUCUGAUGGAGACUGGUCUCCUCUGGAUAACCCUUACUCUGAGCCAGUCUGCCCUAAAAGUGAUUCAGAACUAGAAGUUAAACCUGCUGAGAGCUUGCUCAGAUCUGAAUCUCACAUGGAAUGGACAUGGGGAGGAUUCCCAGAAUCAACCAAGAUAAGCAAGAAAGAGAAACUGGAACAGCCCAGAACAGCUACCAUUACACCAUCAGAAAAGACUCAUUUUAGGGUCAUCCUCAGCUCUGAUGAAGUUGAAGAUGAUGAUGUAGUGAAAGAUUCUGUCUGUACGGUACUAAAACCUGAGCCAAGAACUCAUCCUCUUCUUAAGCAAAUGGAUAUUAAAGAUUCUCUUGCUUCUGCAAUCAUAGAACCACAGGAUUCCUUAACAUUAGAUGCUGACCAUCAUUCCAGACUGUUGGUAGACCCUCUACCAGAAACGAAGCCAACAACAAAAACUGACUCUCCUUCCAAAAAGAAAGGGGUGCACAAGCGAAGUCAUCAUCAGGGGCCUGAUGAUAUUUACUUGGAGGACCUAAAGGCUUUGGAACCUGAAGUUGCAGCACUCUACUUUCCCAAAAGUGAUUCUGAUCCAGGCUUCAGGCAGUGGACCGAGUCAGAUACCCUUUCUGGUUCUCAGUCACCCCAAUCAGUAGGAAGCGCAGCUGCUGAUAGUGGCACAGAGUGCAUGUCUGAUUCUGCGAUGGACUUGCCUGAUGUUACACUCUCACUUUGUGGAGGUCUCAAUGAAAACGGGGAGAUUUCUAAAGAAAAGUUCAUGGAACAUAUUAUUACUUACCAUGAAUUUGCUGAAAACCCUGGACUCAUAGACAAUCCUAAUUUGGUAAUAAGGAUUUACAACAGGUAUUAUAACUGGGCGUUGGCUGCUCCAAUGAUUCUGAGUUUGCAAGUGUUUCAGAAAAGUUUGCCUAAGGCUACUGUUGAGUCUUGGGUCAAAGAAAAGAUGCCAAAGAAGUCUGGAAGGUGGUGGUUCUGGCGCAAGAGAGAAAGCAUGACUAAACAGAUACCAGAGGCAAAAGAGGGGAAGUCUGAGGCGCAAAGAGCAAAUGAACUGCCAGCAACUAUAAAAGAGCAAGUUAAUAGUAGCAGAAAAACAAAUCUGAAUAACCUUAAAAGACCUCCAGAAGAUGACUCUUCUAGUGAUGAAGCAUCACAAGAGUUGAAGGAAUCCUUGAAAAUAGAUUCUACAGUAGAGCAUCCAACCCAUGGGAACAUUCCAUCUUACAAGAAGUCACUUAGACUCUCUUCAGACCAAAUAGCGAAGCUGAAACUCAGAGAUGGCCCUAAUGAUGUUGUAUUUAGUAUUACAACCCAGUAUCAAGGGACUUGCCGUUGUGCAGGAACAAUAUAUCUCUGGAACUGGAAUGACAAAAUCAUCAUAUCAGACAUUGAUGGAACAAUAACCAAGUCUGAUGCUUUAGGACAUAUCCUCCCUCAGUUUGGCAAGGACUGGACUCAUCAGGGCAUUGCAAAACUCUAUCAUUCCAUAAAUGAAAAUGGUUACAAGUUUCUGUACUGUUCUGCCCGUGCCAUUGGAAUGGCAGAUAUAACUAGAGGAUACCUACACUGGGUGAAUGACAAAGGAACAAUUCUUCCCAGGGGACCUCUCAUGUUGUCCCCCAGCAGUUUAUUUUCUGCAUUUCAUAGGGAAGUAAUAGAAAAGAAGCCUGAAAAAUUCAAAAUCGAAUGUUUGAAUGAUAUCAAGAACUUGUUUGCUCCCAGUAAACAGCCUUUCUAUGCUGCUUUUGGAAACAGGCCCAAUGAUGUGUAUGCCUACAUGCAAGUGGGAGUUCCAGACUGCAGAAUAUUUACUGUGAAUCCAAAGGGUGAACUGAUCCAAGAACGGACUAAAGGAAACAAAUCUUCGUAUUACAGACUAAGUGAGCUUGUGGAAUAUGUGUUCCCAUUGCUUAAUAAAGAACAGAGUUCUGCAUUUCCAUGCCCAGAAUUCAGCUCCUUUUGCUAUUGGAGAGAACCUCUUCCUGACCUUAACAUGGAAGAUCUGGCUUGAAAAAUACUUCUCACCUAGAAACGGAAUUUCAUGUUCAGCUACUCAACUUCAGUUUAAAUGUGAAGAACUUUCUUAAUGAAGAUGCUAAUUUAUAUACUGGUACCAUAAGUCUUACUAAAGAAAUCACUUUAACUCCGUUGGUGUAAGACGAAGAAAAUGCAAAGCUACUGUCCAUUUUUUGUUAUUUUUUUGUAAUAUUGUUUGUCUGUGUUGCUUGUCUUUAUAUACCUGUACUAAGGCACUUGAAAUUGGCCUGUCAUUGAUGGCCGUGGUACCCAAGUGCUUCAUGGCAACUAAAUGCUGAGUGACUUUGCAUUUUCAUCAAUACAGACCUUAUUGUAAGCAUAGAUUUUUUUUUUGUAUUAGUCUUAAUAGUAUAUUUUCUAAAACAAAGCCAAAAAGUAUAUGGAAACUGCCAAAUAGAAUGUCAGACCUAUUAAUAAAAAACCUGGUCUAAUGUUCAGGUGGGCAAUUAGGCCAUUUUGCAGAGGAGCCAGAACCUAAGACCCAGUGUGCUCUUUCUCAGCUAAAAUACAGAAAGUGUAUAGAUAUUACUAGCCUGACAGUCUGAAGACAUAAAAUUCAUCUUUAAAUGUAAAUAUGCCUUUUGUCACAUGUACGAGACUGUGCUUGUACAAUUAAUGCUCAGACUAAUUCUGCUUCUUUUUUUAUAUGCAAUGCUUAAACUAUUUAAUUAUCUUGUUAAAUUGAAAGUUGUCUUCAGAUACUUGUAUGGCUUUUGUUGCUUUCAGGCUGCACUAUUUCAUGUUAAAUUUCCAAAAGAAAUCUUGAACGUUUCUGUUAGAGUUGGGGAGCUGGCAUUUUAAUUUUUUUCAUUAUGGAGAUUCAUGUGUGUGUGUAUGCUAUGUAGGCCAGUAAAAAGUAUGUACAGAUUAUAUUCAGGGAAUUGUUAUACUAAAAAAAAAAAAUGAUGUAUUUAAUUUUUUAAUUAUCUACUGCAGGUCUUUCCGGAAUUCUGUAUUACAGGUUUUCACUAGCUGGAAGGAAAUGCAGCUCAGUAGUGGGAUUCCAGGUAUGAGAAUGGUUAAAUGCUGCAGAGCAGAAUAAAACUUUUUUUCUUUUUCUUUUUUUUUUCCUUUUGGUUUAUUUGUAAGCAUCAUGCUGGUCAUUUCUAAGGUUCAGAUCAAGAGCCUGUGAACAAAUUGCAUUCCAAGUCUAGUGUUUAUCAGCUGUGAAAACAGCUAGUAUUUCUCUCUCCAAAAAUACUUGAAAACAAAGGUAGUUCUGCUUUUUAAGUUGGGUUGGUACAUUUAAACUCCUUAGGACAGGUCUGUGGUGAGAAUUGUAUGUUUCCAGCCCAGAUGGCUUAAGGCCUACAGUCAUUUAUAUUUCAGUCCCAGGCUUUCUGUGGUACAGAGUCAUUCCUGUCACUCCUUAAGCAAGUUCCUGAGGCCGUGCCUUAACAAUCCCACCAAGGCGGCCACCUCCAGAAUUUCCACCAGGCUCCGGGGCCAAGCUUUCUCCCCACACAGCUCCCAGUGGCUACACGCUCCUGCGCAGGGAAGUGUGAGUGAUCUUGAGCAGGCACUUGUACGGCUACUGCUGCGGUGCUUAGCCAGAGCUGCUUUUGAUAGAAACAUGGCUUGGGCAGGCCCCUCUGCUUCGGCUUACAUGGCCUGAAAGCAGGAGAGGAUCUUUCUUUCUUUCACUACCCAUAAAAGAGCGCGCUCAGAGGAUUUUGCCCCACCCCCAGGAAUAUUUUCUUUAUCAGGCCUUAAACUUAAUAGAUUAGAGUCUUAACUCUAUGUUCUGAAAUAACACCAGCCUAGUGCUAGACAACUGGUGAACUACUUGGGGGCAAUAAUUUUUGUAUUCUUUUUUUUUCUGAUAAAAUUCCGGUGUAUUCCUGUGACUAUAAAACCUUAGAAAAGAAGGGGAGAGGGACAGGGUCAACAUGAAACCUCUCUUUCAAAGCAGGAGUAUGAAGUUGGGAAAGGAAAUACACCUGCCUGUCACUGUGCCAUACAUGUUAAGUGACUUGAAAGGCAUCCUUCUUGUUCUUACGCAGUGAGAACAAGACAUUUCGUGACUGUUUCAACGAAUUCUUGCUCCUGUCACCAAACUACUCAGUGUUUAAGUAUAUUUGAUGGAUUAAAUUCAAAGCACAUUUUGCUGUACUGCAUUUUUUUGCACUGUCAGAAGCUUGCAAACAUCAUUCCGUAUAUUUUUCCUUUAUUUCCUUACCUUUUAUUCCAUAAAAUUCCGUAGAAACUGAAAUUCUCAUGAUCACUAAGUGCUUUGAAAAUUAACAGAAUUUGAGCUUUUAAGUCACUUAAAUACUUCAAAAUUUAUAAGAACCCAACAUAAUAUUUUAAUUCCAUCUCUCAUGAAGGGAGUGAAGCUGCCUCUCCUAAAACAGUCCUUUGUGGAUGACAAAAUUUUCUUUACCAUCCUUAAUGUAUUCUUGGUGGCCUUGGUAUUACACAGAUUUUUGGAAAAAAUAAAAAAAAAAAAAAAAAAAAAAGAAAAACCCACUUCCAGAAAGAUAAAUUUUACCAGAGAUGGGAUUCUAAGUUGUGCAGAUUGUUACUAAGGUUUGGCUGUGUUUUGCUAAUUUUUACUGAGGAAAUUUUUUUCACUUAAAUCCUAUUCAUCUUUUUGGAUUGUCAUAAAGACAAGCUAUGGAUUUUAAGGUGGGGACUUGGAUAAAUGGGCGGGGUGGAGAAAUGGUAUCAGGUCCAUCUCCAAAUGCGUGUAAUUUAAGCUGGUGUGGUAUGGGUGUGGCUGCAAAGAGCUCCCCAUUCUGCUGACCUCUUAUUUUGCAGUAUAGGGAUGUCCAAAAAGUUGCUUAGUUUAAAAAAAAAAUUGCUUUUCAAUCUCUGUAACAGUUUUGAUAUUUGGGUUUUGAUAAAAUGUAAAAGAUUUCUUGAGUAUUCCUGAUACAAGUAGGUUGUGGUGGUUUUGUUUUUUUUUAAUUGACUUGUAUUUGAAGCUUUGUUCAGACUGUUUGUUAACCCUGCUUAGGGACAGAAUUUGGGGUACUGUACCUGUCAUUGUGUACCUACAUGAUUUGGAUUGUUGGGCACUUUAUUGACUAGAGAAGACAUCUCAUUGCUAUCAAACCGUAGGCUUGUGCUGCAAUAUUAAUAUGAAGUGGGGCUUAUAAAAAUUAUGCAUUUGCCUAUCUAUUGUUAGUUUAAUUAAGAGAAGUGGCCUGAAGUUAAUGUUUGAGAACAAGCUGUGCUAUGCGUAUUCAAAACUAGCGCAAGUGAAAUCAUUCUUUCUAUGAAAGAGGAACUUCUAAGUGUGUGUGUCUGCAGGCGCGCACACAUCCCUGUUAAGACUGUGUUGUUGAAGAUGCAGAUCCUCUUAGCGUUGGAAGCAUGUCAAAAGCUGAGUCAACGAUACCUGUCUGGGGAUUAAUAAAGGAACAUUGCAAUUCAGAACUUGUUAGUGACUUGGACGUUUCCCAUUUCUAUAAUGAUUUUAAGAUCAGUAACUUGUGCACAUUUCUGGAUUCAUCGUUUUACACUGUACAAAACAUGCUUGUACUUCAAAAGGUUGGGCUUUAACCCCUAACAUUAUACAACUGCAUGUGCAAUAUGGCUCGUGUAUCCUCAGCUUCCUGUCAUCAGUAUAUUCCUUCAAAUAUUUUUUUUUCAGCUGGAAAAGUUUUAACACUUGUAUUGACUCAGUUAUGGAACUUCUGAAGCAAACUCUGAAUCCUCUUAUGGUAAAGACAAAAAAUAAGAUUUCAUGUUAAUAUUUCAUACAAGUCUUCCAGAAGAUGCUGUCAUAUGAAUGAGUUGUUUAAAUGACUAUAGUGCAUAUUCAUAAUGAAACAUCAAAAAUAGAUAAUGGAUUUGAGAUGCCUUUGAAGUGUCACUUUUGCCUAAAGAAGUUUUAGUUUCCAAAGUUGAAUUCUGCUGAAUAGAAUGGAAUUGUUUGGAUUUCUUUAUUGCAGUGUUAAUUAUUUCCAGAUGAAAGUUACGUUUUGGUUGAGUUUGAGGAUAGGAAAACUCUCUUCAUUAGUUUGUUCCAUUUUUAUGUUGAAGAAGUGAAAUAUCUGAUUAUUCAAGCAACCCAAUCACUAAUAAGGUAGUGUGUUUAAAACUGUCAAAUCUGUGACCAUACCGAUAUAGUGGUUUUUGUUAAGACUGGACUAUCUUGGGUACAGUAACCCAUACUUCAGUGCAAUGUUUAUUGAUGUUCAGAACAAUGUUAUCACAAUAAACAAACUUAAAC